GUGGAAUAAACGUCAUUAAAAACAUUAUAUAAACAUGGCUCUUACAAAUAUAUCUGGUAUUCCUGAUAAACAUUGGCAACCGCCAUUUGUAGCAUUUGAAACGACCAUGGGUGAAAUAGUAAUUGAACUCUACUGGAAGCAUGUGCCAAUUACAUGUAGAAAUUUUGCUGAACUUACACGACGUGGAUAUUACAAUGGAACGAAGUUUCAUAGAGUUAUUCGAGAUUUUAUGAUACAAGGUGGUGAUCCUACUGGAACUGGAAAAGGUGGUGUAUCUAUUUAUGGAGAAUGUUUUGAUGAUGAAAUUCAUGAUGACUUAAAACAUACUGGUGCUGGUGUUAUUUCUAUGGCCAAUUCAGGACCAAAUAGUAAUGGAUCACAAUUUUUCAUUACAUUAGCACCUACACAAUGGCUUGAUGGAAAACAUACAAUUUUUGGUAGAGUUCAUUCUGGUAUGGCAAUAGUAAAAAGAAUUGGAUUGGUGGAAACUGAUAAAAAUGACAGACCCGUGGAUGAUAUAAAAAUUGUUAAAGGUUCCAUAAGGAAUGCAUAACGAAAUAAAUAUCUUCUUGGUAAUUUA